GCCGUGUGCUACUGUUUGCCACUCCACGCCACCUCCGCGAGCUUCCUGGAAUCACUGCAUCCCCGCCGGCAUGUCCCAGGCUGAGUUUGAGAAAGCUGCUGAGGAGGUUAAGCACCUCAAGACCAAGCCAGGAGACAAUGAGAUGCUUUUCAUCUACAGCCGCUACAAACAAGCAACUGUGGGUGAUGUAAAUACAGAGCGGCCUGGAAUGUUGGACCUCAAAGGCAAGGCCAAGCGGGAUGCCUGGAAUGAGCUGAAAGGGACUUCCAAGGAAGAUGCCAUGAAAGCGUAUGUCGACAAAGUAGAAGAACUAAAGAAAAAAUAUGGAAUAUAAGGGACUGCCAGCCACACAUUUCACCUAAACGGAUAUAAUGCCUUGUUUUUCUAAUACUGUGGAUGAAGUUAAUAAAUAACUAGUUAACCCAGUUGCUCAAAAUAGCCCAGGAUAUGACGCUAACAAGAGAGGGGCUGAAAUGGUUACUGACCCUCACUGAGUAGUUUUUAUCCGUAGAUCAAUUAAAAAUACAUUUGU